AUGGAAGAAGAGCCGCGCCGUUCAUCUAGGCAGAAUAAGGGCCAGCAUACGGGCAGAGACCUGUUUGAUGUGUACUACAAACCUCAAGAAGACGAGCACCCAGCGAAGAGGCAAAAACAAGAUUCAGAAUAUCAGCAGGCUUCCGAGAGUGAGGAUGAUUUCAAGGCCGACAGUGACGGAAAUGACUACGAAGGCGACGUGAGAUGUGAUCCAUGCGGUACUACUCAGGAUAACUACAAUGAGGACACUGAUCGUGGAGGAACCAUGAUCGAAUGUGAUGACUGUCAUACAUGGCAACAUGCCAAGUGUAUGGGAUACCGGUCGGAAACGCUGAUCCCAGAAAAUUACCAGUGUAACCGGUGUGACUCACCUGAGCAAGAAGCUCCAGUGAGAAGACGAGUGGAACGGAAGAUACCCGUGAAGAAGGCUGUCAAGCCUAAUCCAGCGACGAAAACAAGAGAGAGCGUUGAAAAGGCGUUAAGGAAUGUGGUGGCCAAACUUGGCAAGUUUGAUGCGGAUUCUAUCGCCCGUGGGCUAGAGGAAGCCAUAUUCCAAUGGUCCGGGCAGACGCCAAAUAAGAAAUACAUAGACAAGAGUAGAAGCGUAAUGGCGCUCGUGAAGAAAGAGGCUGUGGCAGCAAAACUUGCUGAUGGUUCGCUUACGUUUCCAGAUGCUGUAUCCAAGCCACCAGAGGAGAUCGACCGUGACUUGAAGGAAUACGCUGAGAAGGUUCGCCAGGAGUCGAUCAGACGCUCUGUGCUUACUGUUGAUGAUCCUCUGAGUCAAAGAAUCCGCCGUACUCAUAAGGGUGAGGAAAUUGUCGAAAUCAGCAACAACCCUCUGGAUGCCGAGGACAUUUCUAUCAUGGCCCGAACCGUGGACCACCGCAACUUCAAAGAAGAGUCACCCACUCCGAGAGAAACUACUAUCAAGACCGACCCGCUGGCGCCAAAGAUGUACCAUUUGGCAGACGAUGAUGAUGAUGAGAAGGAGGAGGAGCAUGAGGAGAAGACUGAAGAGCCUGAAAAUAAGAAAGAUGACCUCAGCGACGACGAGCUUGAUUUCAUCUUGAAGGGUCCCUCUCCUCCACCAGCUCCAAAGCAACUGCCUUCGUCUAUUCCAAAGAAACCAGAAGUGAAGCUUCCGCCUACGAUGCCCGUCAACUUCUGGAACGGAGAGAUUAUCUUCCCUGACUUUGCGGCUUUUACUGCAAAAGCAGAAUUCAUCUCGUGUACAAAAUACGAAAAACCAAAGGAUAAUGUCACAGUGAGCUUCCACAAUCGUGUGAUCCGUGUGUGCAAGGAGUUGUUGGAACGAUCCAAGUACGAUAUCGAAGGUCGUUUGGAUCGUGCUAAAGCUGAUCCAUAUCUUGGAAAGAUCACGUCUUCGAGGGAUUUGUACGUGGUGAAGCUCAAUCCAAGAGACAGAGAAGCUGAGUUCAACAAAUUGUAUGACUACUUACUCCACAAGAAUAAGGUCGGUGUCUUGUCUAACCGGGCUGCUUGUGUCAAAGACGCCUAUGUUUUCGCCUUGAACGGCAACAAUGUUCCUGAAUACUUGAACUUCGCCAAAGUCCAGGAACAGGAGGGCUUGUAUGCUGUGUUUGUUGUCAAAAAGGAUUACAUCCCCGUUGGCAAGAGUAUUCUCAAGAAGUCUCCUUCCGAAAGCGCACCCAGAAUUGCCCAACCACCUCCACAGGUGGACCUUAAUUCCAUUUUGCUGAAGCUUGGUGGAGGUUCUGGCUCUGGCAUUCAGCAACCAGCUCCACACUUGCCACAAGUACCACAGCAUCACGGACAACCACAGAUCCCGCAGGAUCUCUCCCAAGACCAGCUCCACUAUCUUUCAACGUUGGUCAAUCAAAACCCUCAAAUGAAUCAGAACCCACAGGCGCUUCUCCUGUUGUUGCAACAGGCGGAGCAAGGCGGAAGGCAGCAAUACCAAUAG